GAACCAAAGGAGGAAAAUGGAUUGCAGAAAAUGAAGACAAAACCGUCGAAUCGAGCAAAGUGUUUGGCCAAAAGAAAAAUUGCACGGUCCUGCUGUGUUGUCCAGGCUCAUCUCAAACUCCUGGCCUCAAGCAGUCCUCCAGUUUGGGCCUCCCAGUGUUGGGAUUACAGGCGCCAGCCACCAGUUAGCCCCCCAUUCUGAAUCUUACUGAGCAGCAAAAUCUGUUUUUAUGAUUUCUUUUUUUUUUUUGAGAUUGAGUCGUGCUCUGUUGCCCAGGCUGAGUGCACUGGUGUGAUCUUGGCUCACUGCAAGCUCUGCCUCCCGGGUUCAUACGAUUCUUCCACCUCAGCCUCCUGAGUAGCUAGACCUAUAGGCACACGUCACUACACCCUGCUAAUGUUUGCCAGGCUAAUCUCUAGCUCCUGACCUCAAGCGAUCCACCCGCCUCAGCCUCCCAAAGUGCUGGGAUUAUAGGCAUGAGCCACCACGCCUGGCCAGAACAGAAGUUUUAAACUUUGAUGUGGUCCAUUUUUUUCUCUUUUAUGGUUUUUUUCUUUCUGUGUCCUAAGAAAUCUUUGACUACACUAAGGUUAUGAAGAUUUCCACCUAUUUUCUUUUGGAAAUUUUGUAGUUUUAGCUUUAGCAUUUAGAUUUCUAAUCCAUUUUGAGUUUUUGUAUAUGGUGCAAGAGAUGACAGAAGAAGAACAGUUUGCUCUGGCUCUCAAAAUGAGUGAGCAGGAAGCUAGGGAAGUGAACAGCCAGGAGGAGGAAGAAGAGGAGCUCUUGAGGAAAGCCAUUGCUGAAAGCCUGAAUAGUUGCCGGCCUUCUGAUGCUUCUGCUACCAGAUCUCGACCUCUGGCCACUGGACCAUCUUCCCAGUCCCACCAAGAGAAAACCACAGACUCUGGGAUCACUGAAGGCAUAUGGCAGCUGGUACCUCCAUCACUGUUUAAAGGCUCACAUAUCAGUCAGGGAAACGAGGCUGAGGAAAGAGAGGAGCCUUGGGACCACACUGAAAAAACUGAAGAGGAGCCGGUCUCUGGCAGCUCAGGAAGCUGGGACCAGUCGAGCCAGCCAGUGUUUGAGAAUGUGAACGUUAAAUCUUUUGACAGAUGUACUGGCCACUUGGCUGAGCACACACAGUGUGGGAAGCCACAGGAAAGUACUGGGAGGGGUUCUUUUCUCAGAGCUGCCCAGGGUAGCGGGGACACAUCUAGGCACUGUCUGCCUACCCUAGCAGAUGCCAAAGGUCUCCAGGACAUUGGGGGCACUGUGAACUACUUCUGGGGUAUUCCAUUCUGCCCUGAUGGAGUAGACCCUAACCAGUAUACCAAGGUCAUUCUCUGCCAGUUGGAGGUUUAUCAAAAGAGCCUGAAAAUGGCUCAGAGGCAGCUCUUAAAAAAAAAAGAUUUUGGGGAACCAGUGUUACCUAGACCUCCUUCUCUGAUCCAGAAUGAAUGUGGCCAAGGAGAGCAGGCUAGUGAAAAAAAUGAAUGCAUCUCAGAAGAUAUGGGAGAUGAAGACAAAGAGGAGAGGCAGGAGUCUAGGGCAUCUGACUGGCACUCAAAAACCAAGGAUUUCCAGGAAAGCUCAAUUAAAAGCUUGAAAGAGAAACUUUUGUUGGAGGAAGAACCAACAACCAGUCAUGGUCAGUCUUCCCAAGGGGUUGUUGAAGAAACUUCUGAAGAGGGAAACUCUGUACCUGCUUCGCAAAGUGUUGCUCCUUUGACCAGUAAGAGAAGCUUAGUCCUUGUGCCAGAGAGUUCUGCAGAAGAAAUCACUGUUUGUCCUGAGACACAACUAAGUUCCUCUGAAACUUUUGACCUUGAAAGAGAAGUCUCUCCAGGUAGCAGAGAGAUCUUGGAUGGAGUCAGAAUAAUAAUGACAGAUAAGGAGGUUGGUAACAAGGAAGAUGCUAAGAAGGAAGUACCUAUUUCUAUCUUCUCAUCCAGUAACCAGGUAUCCUGCCCGCUAUGUAACCAAAGCUUUCCACCCACAAAGAUUGAACGACAUGCCAUGUACUGCAAUGGUCUGAUGGGAGAAGAUACAGUGGUUCAGCUUAAGACUUUUUCAUAUCCUGCUGUUAGUGAAAUAUUGUGCUGGAUGCUGAGGGUGAGGAGGAGCGGCCCAAAAGACCCAAAAGAUGUAUUGACUCGGAGACAAAAAGAGGCCAAGACCAAGAGUGACAGUGGGACAGCUGCUCAGACUUCUCUAGACAUUGACAAGAAUGAGAAGUGUUAUCUCUGUAAAUCCCUGGUCCCAUUUAGAGAGUAUCAGUGUCAUGUGGACUCCUGUCUCCAGCUUGCAAAGGCUGACCAAGGAGAUGGGCCUGAAGGGAGUGGAAGAGCAUGUUCAACUGUGGAGGGGAAGCGGCAGCAGAGGCUGCGGAACCCAAAGGAAAAAGGCCACAGUGAAGGCCGACUCCUUAGUUUCUUGGAACAGUCUGAGCACAAGACUUCAGAUGCAGACAUCAAGUCUUCAGAAACAGGAGCCUUCAGGGUGCCCUCACCAGGGAUGGAAGAGGCAGGCUGCAGCAGAGAGAUGCAGAGUUCCUUCACACAUCGUGAUUUAAAUGAAUCUCCCAUCAAGUCUUUUGUUUCCAUUUCAGAAGCCACAGAUUGCUUAGUGGACUUUAAAAAGCAAGUUACUGUCCAGCCGGGUCGUCGGACACGGACCAAAGUUGGCAGAGGAAGAAGGAGAAAAUUCUGAAUUUCUAGGGUCCAAAAGUUGACAAAGCCAUUAGUAGGAGGGGUGGGCCAUGUUCAUUAAGCCAUAGUGGUCCCUUGUUCAUUGUUGAGUAAGUUUUAGCCCUGCAGUUUUCACCACCAGCACCCACUCCGCAUUCUGGUUUUUAUGUUUUUUAUGACCUAUGCAGACAACUGUGUAUAGUAUUCUGUUUUAUAACAGUUUUUUUGAAUUCACUUAUAGUUAAAAAUUUAAAUAUAUUUAUGUUUGUAUGAAAUCUUAUUUCAGUAGAUGGAAAUUUUAAUUUUUUUCCCUUCAUGUUGCAGGGUUUGGGGUGGGGAUAUUUUCAUUGUAGAGAUAGUUUAUUAGACUCAUAAAUCACAUGCUGAAUGAA